AUGAGCCCAUUGUGUGAUAGGAAUGAUUUAAAUUCUUUUUUUUUUAACCCGAGUAGAUUGAAUGUCAUAAAUGACGACAGUCUAUCUGUUCUUCUUUCUUGUCUUUGUAGACAUUGCUUGUUUCUCUUUUUCGUCUUCUCCUAUCUUUCUCCCUCCUCUUCUGUCUUCCUUCCCUUCUCUUUCCUCUCUCCUUCUCCCCCCUUCCCUUCUCUCCACUCCCUUUCAUUCUCUUCUCUCUCUUCCCCUCCCUUCUAUCCCUCCCUUCUCUCCCCUCCCCUUCUCUCCCCUCCCCUUAUCUCCCCUCCCUUUCUCUCUCCUCCCCUUCUUCUCUUCCCCCCUUCUCUCACCUCCCGUCUCCCUCUUCCUUCUUUUUCAUUUACUAUUUUUGUUCAACACAAAGCGACAUGGUUGGUUUCCUUUCAUAGAGCUUUAUUAUGUCAGUCACCAAGUAGAUACGAAUUAGUCUUCAGGUACACUUCACUUUCAUUCACUCUCUCACUCUCUCUCUCUCUCUCUCUCUCUCUCUCUCUCAAUCGCCAUCCUUUGAUUUCUUUUAUUAUUCACAUACACUUUCUUUAUUCUAUUCCUCCACUUCUGGAUCGCCAUUUAAUUUUAUUAUUUUUUAUUUUUCAGGACCAAAUUAGAUUUCAGUGCCCGAUAGGAUGGACCAACAUCAACUACAUGUGCUACAAAGCAGUCAACAGACAAGUUCCCUGGGACAUUGCCAGCGACUGCUGCCAAAAAAUGCAAUCCGAAUUGGUCAAAAUUCAAGAUUAUUGGACCAACAAAGAUGUUGGAGGUGAAGCUUUAAAGAAUGGGCUUUCCGAAUAUUGGAUUGGUUUUAACCAACUAAAUAAUCUAAAUACAUCAGACCAAGCUCAUUGGAGUCAUGGAGAAAAAACAAAUCUUAAAAAGGGCUUCUGGGCCAACUACAAUCCGGAUAUGAACAUUGGAAAAUGUUCUUAUCAGAUGCAAUCAAACGAAGGAUUUAAAUGGGCGCUGAGCAAUUGUAACGAGAAAAAAACAUUUGUCUGCGAGAAAACAGCGUGUACUGUUGACACAUUUAUGUGUGAAAACAGCCGCUGCAUUGGUCAAAAGCAAAUCUGUGAUGGAAAAGAUGACUGCCAAGAUGCUUCAGAUGAACUGAUUUGUCCACAACUAUGUCGAUAUUAUGAAACCGGCUCCUCAGGAAAAAUAGCUUCAUUUAGCAAUAAUGCAAUUUAUCGAAAGAAUUCAUUUUGUAUGUGGAAAAUCCGCUCUGAUAUUGGAACUUCUGUGAAACUAACGUUUUCAGAAUUUCUCACUGAGGCAAACACAGAUGUGGUGGAAAUAUACGUUGGCUCCCUUUCUGAAUCUGAGGCUUUUUUCAAGUACCGUCUUUCUGGCAAUAACGUUACCCAGGGAACUUACACAAGUCCAAAUAAUAUGAUGAUAAUCAAGUUUAUGUCAGACAGUUCCGUAGAAUACAAAGGAUUUAUCGCCGAAUGGAAAACAGUUUCUUCGAAUCUGAAACCCGUUGAAAUAAGGGCAUAUCCCAGUGGUUGCACAAUAGAAAUAAACGACCAAUUGUCUGGCGAGAUCAUGUCACCCGGGUAUAAUAUGGGUGAAAACUACCCCAAUUCUAUGGACUGCAAAUGGUACAUCAGUAUUCCAUCCAAUCAGAGUUAUUCACUAAAGUUCGAUUCGAAUUACGACAUUGAUACGCCUGAUGAUGGUCUCUACAUUUACAACAUCGUCAAUUCUGGAAGCAAGCUACUCUACAACAAUACCAAUGUUGCCGUCGCACCUUCACAAUUAAAGGACCUUAAAGGUGUUGUCCAGAUCACUUUUACAACCAAUGCUGUUGUAAACAAGAAAGGAUUCAAGGCCGUUUUUUCAAUAGAUUGUCCUGACCCAAACUUUAAUGCCAAUACAAUAACAACUCCAGCCGAUAGAAAAUGGCACUAUGGAUCCACUUUUGAUGUCUCUUGUCAGCAAGGAUACAGUUUCUAUUCUGAAGAAUUCGAAGAUAAUGGCAGCACCAAUGAAUCGUUUGUUAGUAAGACUUCAGUGGAAAUGACCUGCCUUAAAGGCGGGCAGUGGAAUGUCAAAACGAUUCCCCAGUGUUCGAAAAAUUACUGCGGUCCAGUAAAGCCGAUCAAAAAUGGACGUGUCUUAAAUGCAACUGGAGUGCUCGUAGGAGAUGUGGCCCAGUACAGUUGCGUUGACGGUUACACAAUCACCGGGAAAAAGAUCGUGAAAUGUCAAGAAAAUGGCCAAUGGGAAACUGCCCCAGUUUGCAGUGCCACUGGUUGUCCCAGCCCGUCCAAUAUAACCAACGGUCAAGUGAAUAUUACGAAUGAAACUGGAACCAGCGUUGGUUCCAUUAUACUCUACACAUGUAAUGCUGGUUACCAAAUUGAUGGUGUGCCAAUUUCCCAGUGUCAGAAAUCAGGCAAAUGGUCGACCAAACCUCCAAGUUGUAAAAUUCUACAAUGCUCAUCGUUUGCUCUAGAAGGAAAAAUUCCAAAUUCCAGUCUUCAACCUGCGGGCGAUAUUGAUGUGAUGCAAAGUAAAAAUGUAACUUGUGACAAUGGUUAUAUCCUGAACGGCACCAGUAGAAUUGUGUGCCUGGAAGAUCAAACUUUUAGCACACUUCCCACUUGCGAAGAUAUUGAUGAGUGUCAGCCAUCAUGGAAUUUGAGUCGAUGCCGUCAAAUCUGUGUUAACACACCUGGUUCUUUUUAUUGCAAAUGCGAAGAAGGAUACAAAAUGCAAGCAGAUAAUUUUACCUGCCAAGAUAUAAACGAAUGUAAAAUCAACAAUGCAGAUUGUGAACAGAUAUGCACAAAUGUAGAAGGAAGCUAUAAAUGCAGCUGCAACGAAGGAUAUGCCCUCUAUGUUCGAAAUUACACCAUGAAUUAUUCCUUACCCCUUGGGGAUAGCGGAAAAUCGAGCGGAGAUGUAUUUUACUUGAACCAUUCCUGUGUCCCUGUCCUGUGUCCCGAGCUGGGUAAAUUGCCAAAUGGUUACAUCCAACCGCAGAGAGAAUUCAGUCAUUUUGGUGACACAUUCUAUUUUUCUUGCAAAAUUGGAUUCAUCCUGAAAGGUACAUCAAACGUCAUUUGUUUGCAAAAUGGUAGCUGGUCAUCAAUAAUGCCGACUUGUGAAGACGCCACUUGCACAUCUGUUCAACAAAAUCCUAGUGACAUCCCAUACCUCGGCUUUUAUAAUUUUUCUUGUGAAGUCAAAGGUAAAGCAAAAGAAAAUCGACAACGUCAAAAACAAUUAAGAAUUAAUGCUGCGAAUCGUUUUUUCUUUCUUUCUUUUUUUUUGAUUUCUUUCUUUUUUGUUUCUUUUUUGUUUCUUUUUCGUUUCUUUCUUUUUCGUUUCUGUCUUUUUCGUUUCUUUCUUUUUCGUUUCUUUCUUUUUCGUUUCUUUCUUUUUGUCUUUUUCUUUUUCGUUUCUUUCUUUUUCGUUUCUGUCUUUUUUGUUUCUUUCUUUUUGUCUUUUUCUUUUUCGUUUAUUUCAUUUUCGUUUCUUUCUUUUUCGUUUCUUUUUCGUUUCUUUCUUUUUCGUUUCUUUUUUGUUUCUUUCUUUUUCGUUUGUUGCUUUUUUGUUUCUUUCUUUUGUGUCUCUUUCUUUUUUGUUUCUUUUUUGUCUCUUUCUUGUUUCUUUCUUUCUUUUUCGUUUCUUUCUUUUUUGUUUCUUUGUUUUUGUUUUUCCGUUUCUUUGUUUCACUUUCUUUUUUUGUUUCAAUUAUUUGCUUAUUUCUUCCAACGACGACAAAAACAGAAAAAAUAUCGAAAUCUUCAAAUUGACUGCGGCCAACCGGAAAAUAUUCCCGGAUCAUUAAAUCCUAAUGUGACCAACACAACAUUUGGCAGCCAAUAUGAAAUCAAAUGUUCUGACCUUUACCGCCUGAAAGGAAACAGUAGCUAUGGAAAUAAUAUUUGGUGUGGCAGUGAUGGCCAAUGGAACUAUGGAAAUCUCAGAUGUGAUGGUGUGCUCUGCGGCUACCCUUCUGUUCCAGCUGAGGGUUCAGUUGAGGUGCUUGGAUUCACAGAAGGCAGCAUUGCCAUCUACAACUGCACCAAAGAAGGUUAUGCCCCUUUCAACAUCACCAAACGUAAAUGUGUUAAGGACAAUAAUAAGGGCCUAAUGUGGGACCAGCACCAGCCGACAUGUGUUGACGUACAACCACCAACCGUAAAAAAUGGGACUUGUGAUGAAAGUACCAAUUUGGAUAAAUACAGUGCCUUAAAUAUUCCUCUCCCGGAAUUUGCUGAUAAUUCAGGAAUAUUCACCGUAGAAAUCGACCCGAAAGAAGCGAUUACCGGAUUUGUAAUCACAAAGAACAUAACUAUAACAUACACCGCCAAAGACAAAGAAGGUUACAACAUUACUUGUUACAAAAAUAUUAUUGUGGAAGAUCAUCCGCUGCAAAUCACUUGUCCUUCACAUCUGACAGAAAUUCUGGAAAAUUCUACUGAAACAAAAAAGCUGGUUUUUAACUCAAAUCUAGUCAAUGUUACCGGACCUGGCCCUUACGACAUCACAUUUACACCAAAAGAAUUAAACAUUAGUGACGCUAAUAUCGACAGCCUAGAGCCUGUGGUUGUUGAAGCUUUUAAUGGAAAAAAGAGAGUCAAUUGUACUUUUUAUGUGGACGUUCAAGCCAAAACAUGUUCAGCUGUGUCAAGGCCACAAGUGCAAUAUGCAACUUGGAGUUAUACAGACAACUCGAAUGUAUUCACAUGUAAAGAUGAGUACAGUUAUCCCGAAAGUAAGUUACAGAAACGGAUGACGGCGCAGUGCAAUUCUUCAUGGAAUGUUCCUUAUACUUCUUGUUCAAAACUCGAAAACUAUGCCAAAUUCUAUGCCAACACAACAUUCGUCUACAAGAAUGAUACAGCAGUCACUGAUAAUUGUGCAGAAGAACUUCAAACAGCCUUGCUGAAUAGAAUAAUAAUGAAAACCAAAGAUUUAUGCAAACUUCUGAAUAACCAUCCACUUCCGACGCCUCUAAAUUCAACAUUCAAAUAUAUUUUCGAUGGAUCACAGAUUAAUUUCACUGGUUUGAUUACAAACAAGGCAAAGAAGCAACUCGGAAUUUACACCGAAGAAAUUUGCCUUAAGGAACUGCAAAAACAACUGUCAAUGAGUUAUUACAAACUUCACACUCACUUCAAAACCCUUUCAAGCAAAUGCGGCAAUUUAACCUUGGCAAAUGUCGUACAGGACGUUUUUUCCAUUUGCCCUAACACGUCAACAAGAAUCGAUUCAAAAUCUUACGCCUACUGUGUUUAUUGUCCGGCCGGUUCCUAUUACGAUUCGUCACAAGAUGUUCUCAAUUGUACACUGUGCCCUAUUGGCGAAUAUCAAGAUCAAGAAAAUAAACCUUCAUGCAAGAAAUGCCCGGAUGGAAGGUCGACAUAUUUUCCUGGUGGAUACAGUAAAGCAAUGUGCAAAGCACAAUGUCCCGCUGGCUUCUAUUCAUUCAACGGUGUGCCUCCAUGUCAAAGUUGUCCAGUGAACAGUUAUUCAAUAAAUGCGACAUAUUGUGAAGUUUGUCCCAGCAAUACAAAAGGAAGACAACAUGCUGCACCAUCAAAAGAAAGUUGCAAUGCCAAGUGUAAACCAGGCACUUACUCGUUUGACGGCUAUGAACCGUGUCAUCUGUGCCCCCGUGGUUUCUACUCCAGCAAAGAAAUGCAGACCGAAUGUAUGGCGUGUGAUGACAAUACAACGACAGUGGCUGAGGGCACCGGCGACAAGAACAACUGCAUUGACGUUGUGACAGUCCUUUGCAAAUCGAAUCCUUGCAAAAAUGGUCAGUGCCUUCCUCUUAGACACCUGUUCAUUUGUAAAUGUUCUGAAGGCUAUACUGGAGAGCGGUGUGAUAAAGUUGUCGAUCGCUGCUCACCGAAUCCUUGUUAUUAUGGCGGCAAAUGUUAUAUUGAAGGAAACGAUUAUAAAUGCAACUGCACAGCUGGUACAAACGGUAAAAACUGUGAAUUCAUUAUUGAGAAGUGUAAAAAUGACACCUGCAAAAACAAUGGAAUCUGCAUAAAUAAAAUAAAUUCCACACAAUGUCAUUGUCUCAAGGGAUAUGAUGGAGAAUUUUGCGAAAAUGUGUCAUAUCCUUGUACAAGUAACCCAUGCAAAAAUGGCGUCUGUCGUAAUCUCGGUACUUACAAUCACAAAUGUGAUUGCUCACCGGGAUUCAAAGGUAAAAACUGUGACAUACAAAUUGAUAAUUGCGCAAGUAACCCUUGCCUUUUAAACAGUACCUGCACCAAUUUAGUCAACGACUUUUUCUGCAACUGUACACCCGGUUACAGCGGCAAAACUUGUAGCCAACGAUCAGACUUGUGCAGUAAUGCCAAAUGCAAUAUGGGAACCUGUGUCCCGAACAUUCAGCAGCAUACUUACACCUGCAGCUGUGACGUGGGACGCACAUAUAAUGAAUUUUGUCAGUUCUCCAUUACAAAAAGCAAUAGCUCGGAUAAAAGCUUUUAUAUGAAGUUUGAGAAUAUUUCCAGCAAAGCAUGCAUCUCUGAAUGUUCUGAAGAUUCACAAUGCAAAUCUGCUGCUUACCAGAAAUCUAUAAAAACGUGUCUUCUCUAUAAAAAUGAAACUGAUGCUUGCUGCCAGGUUUUCACUAAAGAAUGCCAGAAACCCACAGGUAAUUUCUGGACGCCAUGGUACAGCAUUACAGAUUCUGUCAAACCUCUAGAAGUGCAAGAAAUGUUAAAUGAUAUUGGAAUUAAUGUUUGUGAUGGCAUGCUGACCUCGGUGACGCAAUGCAAGUCAAGCCAACAGGUAGAUGAUAAGAUGCGUCUUGAUAAACACGCCAUGUCCCUCAGCUUAAUCACGCCCUGUGUUGUCGACAAUCUUUCCUGCAAGUCUGGAAAUGAGAGCGAGUGUUCGAUGUACCAAAUGAGAUUCCAAUGUGCCGUUAACAAAGUAAUGAAAAAUAACACAUGUGAAGUGAAGUCCGCGUGUUCAGAGUUCCACUGUGAAAAUGGAGGCCGUUGCAUUGAAUUAACAGGCUCAUGUGUGUGUGCGAUUAAGUACGCCCAUCCAUUUUGUCGAUAUAAAAAGGAUUUUUGUUCUGAAAAGUCGUGUGGCAAUGGAAUCUGUGUCAAUGGUACAACGACAGCUGUUUGUCAAUGCCAUGAUGGAUUUGCAGGUCCGACAUGCACCAAUAUCGACGACUGUAAGGCAAAUCCUUGUAACGCAACGGGAACUCAACCUUCAGGGUGUCAAGAUUUGGUGAAUGAUUAUUACUGCCCAUGUAAAGCAGGAUACACAGGAAAAAACUGUUCGGUAAGCAGUGGCAUCUUCUUUUCUAUCGUCACUUCAUAUCAUUUCUCUCUUUCAUUCUUUCACUCUCUUUCUCUCUCUCUCUUUCUUUUUCUCUUUCUUUCUUUCUCUCUCUAUUUCACUCUCUCUCUCUCUCUAAAUAUUAUUCCAUCUCUCUUGCACUAA